UAAGAACAAACCACUUUGCGACUGUAUUGGAGGUUGAUUCAAAAUGGAGUAAGGUUAUGAAGACGUAAACGAUUGAAUGCGGUUUUGUAUUACAGUAAUCAACAUUGUGUGCAAUUUAUCUUCAAUGAUCCAUGUGCGCAAGAAAAUACAUAGCCCGACAUAAUGACUGAAGACAAGAAGACAGGCUCUUUAGGCUUCUUUGCGAGUUACGACGAUUUGAGCGACAGUAGCGACUCGGACGAAGAGGCUGACCGCCGCCGCAGAGAUUCGAGACACAAACCAGAGAUCGAAGCAACGAGAAGUAAACCGAACUCUUCCGAUCAAGAAAGCAAACGAGAAACCGGUGAAAAUCGUUUGCCUAAACCAGACGAGCUCUUUAACUCGGUGUCCAAACCAACGUUUCUUUACAAUCCUCUGAAUAAGGAGAUCGACUGGGAUAAAUUGACGGUGAAAGCUCCCGAAGAGGCACCCAAGGAAUUUAAGCCAUGGAUGACAAAUGCUGUGCCCCCACCCCAAAGUUAUGCAGCAGAGCCUGAGAAGAAGAAGGGACCUCCUCCGGGUAUGGACAUGGCCAUAAAAUGGUCCAAUGUGUAUGAGGACAAUGGAGAAGAUGCACCAAAGGCUCACACAGGAAAAGCCCAGUUCCUUCCACCAGAAGAGCAGCACGUUGACUCAGAUGAGGAGUCCAAGACGUCACCUUCGUCAGCCAAGAAACGUAAGGUGGAGAGCUUCCAGCAAAAGGAGAAGCGGAAGAGAGACAUGGGACAGGCCACGUCUGACAAGAGUUUUGUUGAAGAGGAAAAAAGAAUCCUCAGACAAAAGAUUGAAUGAAAUCCAAAGUUGCCCCAAAAAGAAAUCAGUUUCAUUAUGAUCAUUAUUUUUAUUAACUUUUUAUGUUUCAUCAGUAAAGAGCACAUGGGGCAUUUAGAUUGAUCUCAUGACUCUCAAUUGGACUGCAAAGCGUUUGAGUGCAACUGGACUAAAGUGUCUUUGAUGUGAUGUAAUUUAUCAUGGCGUUUGUUUUCACCUUAGCUUUAUUGUCUUGGUGCACAAAUGCAGCCCGCUCACCAUUUUUAAUACUACCGGUACUCUUCUACUUGCAUUCGCAGUGACAGGUUGUCUUGAGCCAAUUCAUAGUACUCCAAAUAGCAGAUUUUGCGUCACCUUUCCUUGAUGCACCAAACGUGUCGUUUCAAUAAAAUUGUUAAGAGAAGGUAAAUAAUUAGUGGGUUUUGCUACGGUUGUGGAAAAUUGUAGCAAGAAUUUGUAGUCCUAGUGAAUAGAAAUAAAAUAUA